GGCGAGCAGCUAUGGUGGGGAAACCGAAAUAUGUCAUGUGUGUGGCGUCCGCCGACCGACCCCCUUCCUCGCUGCUUGGCUGCGCCUCGAAUUGUGACACAAAGGGGCUGUCGACUUUGGCUCGGCGAAAAAGACGGGACGAUUUAGCGCGGCUCAACAACGGUGUCGAAGAUGGUAACCUGGACGUCUUGACCUGCGAACCCACGGACCUCGUGCCCAGAGCUGACUGACAGCAAACCGUCUAGCAAGCAGGCCGGCGACAUUGGGCGAGUGGUUGGGCAACAUGUUUAGAUGCAACGUGUCAUGAGUCUGGUGUAAUUUCGCUGCCCUGAAGUUGAGCUGAAAACGCCUGUCAAUGGUAGUUGAUGGCUGCCUGGCUUGCACGCUCGGACGGUUUACUGCACACCGAGAGUGGUUUUGAUAUUGCCGAUCGACUUGUGCAUCCUGGCUCACAGGGCAUCUCUCCAGUACGCACGAGCAGCAAAGAGCUCCAGCUCCCGCCGGCUUGUGCUGCUCGGCUCCAGCUUUGGCACCGCCACCCAGCAUGAAAGGCCAGGGGUCUGGAGCCACUGAGGUUAUCGUGUUAAGCAUUCUUCCCGCGCCCUCGAGGGCCCACGGGUGGGGAUUGUCACCCCUGAUUCGGUGCGGCACUCGCGCGAAGGCGAGUUGCGAUUGGUCCACGGGCAUUCAACGACCAAGAGGUGCCAUCGUGUUCCUCCUCUCCACAAACAAUCACUGCUCUCGUUUGGCGAUCGCCCCCGGGUUUCCCGGCGCUUUCAGGGCUCUCAGGGCUCCCAGGGCUCCCAGGGCUCCCAGGGCUCCCAGGGUUCCCAGGGCUUCCAGGGGAGGAACCAUCCCGGCCGCUCACAGCUGCUCUCCCGCCGCCAUCUCCCUCGAGAAUGCGAUAGGCUGGCCAGAGUGGAAGGGACCCUCUUUGGAGGGCCGCCCCUCGACUCUUGGGCCCCCUCUUGGCCUGCCGAAUUCCGUCCUCCUCCUCCCCCCUGGGGUUGGCGCAAAGGCGCGCGAAAUCGUGAUGUUUGCUGUUUGGGCCUCGUCUGCCACGACCCCUUGCAACACACCCCCGCGCCUGCUGACGGUGGGAGCGCGGCGGGCGGCAAUGUUUGCCCGUCUGGCGUCUGGCGCCUGGGCACGCCAACUUGGCCGGCGAGAGCCCUCACUUGCUGAGCAUCGCGCCCAGCCCGAGAUGGAUAUAUAA